AUGAGUGAGGGCGAUAAUACGAAUGAUUCUAAAAGCGUGGAGGAAAAUUUAUACCCUGAAGGAAUAGAUAUUCAAAAACGACUAUUUUCUUUCUUGUUUUCAAAAUAUAUUCCUCCGCUACCAUCAAAAGAUGAAAGAAAGAUUUACCCUGAACAUAGUGCUAAUUGGAUUUCCAAAAUAUUCUUUUGGUGGUUAAAUCCUAUUAUGUCAAUCGGGUAUAGAAGAACUUUACAACCAGAAGAUUUGUUUGUUUUAUCUAAAGAUAUGACAGUAGAAGACAUGACAGAAAAAUUUACGUUACAAUACCAAGUCAAUUGUGAAAUGCAUUCAAAAUUUGAUAUAGACAAUGAGGAUUACAAGAAAAAUUCAAUACCGCCUAAUUAUCUUUGUGCCCAAACAUUAUUACUUGUUUUCUGGAAACCCUUUUUAUUAUCAUGCAUCUUCAUGACUUUGUCAGGAGUUGGUUCAACCUUAAAUCCGUUACUUUCAAGGAAAUUAAUUAAUUUCGUAGAGAAGAAGACUAAUGGAGCUGAAUUAUCAAAUGGAAAAGGGAUUGGAUACGCCUUAGGUACAGCUGGAAUUGUAUGUGUGUGCGGUUUACUUCAAAAUCAUAGUAUACAAAAGGCGAUGAUAGUUGGUGCCAAAUGUAAAGCUAUCUUAACUAAAGCCAUAAUUGAUAAAUCAUUUAAAUUAAGUAUAAGAUCCAAACAUCGCUAUCCUUCGGGAAAAAUUACUUCAAUUAUGGGAGCAGAUUUAGCAAGAAUUGAUUUAGCGAUCGGCUAUAUACCCGUAUUGAUAUCCUUUCCAGUCACUGUAAUUAUAGCAAUAGUUAUACUUAUUAUAAACAUUGGAGUUUCAGCACUUGUUGGUGUUGCUCUACUAGUAGUAUUCGUGGUACUAUUAACAUUCUGCACUAGCAAAUUGAUAAGAAUAAGACGGUACGCUAAUAUAUAUACAGACAAACGAAUUCGUUACAUUCAAGAAGUGUUGACUAAUCUAAGAAUGAUUAAGUUUUACUCUUGGGAGUUACCCUAUUUCGAUCGAAUUGCUGGUAUUCGUAAGCUAGAAAUGAAGGCCAUAUUCAAAAUGCAAGCACUAACCAAUAUUGUAACGGCAAUGGCCAUGUCUUUUACGACCAUUUCGUCAAUGGUAGCUUUCCUUGUCCUAUAUGCCCUUAGGAAAAACAAUAGAAGCCCAGCGAAUAUAUUCUCAUCACUUUCAUUGUUUAAUGUUUUAGCACAACAGGUAUAUGUUCUUCCGUUGGUUCUUUCUACUUGUGCUGAUGCUUAUGUGGCUUGUACCAGGGUUCACGAAUAUUUAUGUUCUGAAGAGAGAAAAAGAUCAGAACGGAUUUGUUAUUUAGGUGAAUCAAAGAAAAUUGAAAUGAACGAAAUAAAUGCUGCAAUAGUCAUGGAAAAUGCUUCAUUCAACUGGAAAUCAUUUGAUAAAAAUGACCAAGAAAUUAUUCAUGAUAACAUGGAUGGUUAUUCUAGUGAAGAAGUUGACAAAGUUAAUAGUGAACGAAGGAGGUUCAAUGGGUUGAAAGAUAUCAAUCUAACUAUUUCCAAACGUGAAUUCAUUGUUAUAACAGGAUUAAUAGGCUCCGGAAAAACAUCAUUUUUGAAUGCACUUUCAGGUUUCAUGAAUCGCAAUUCAGGAAUUGCUGACAUAAAUGGUACUUUGCUAUUCUGCGGCCAGCCGUGGAUUCAGAAUGCUACGUUACGAGAUAAUAUUAUCUUCGGGUCUGAAUAUCAUUCCGAUAGGUAUGAACGAGUAUUAGAUGCAUGUUCCUUGUCCAGUGAUAUAAAUAUGUUAUCUGCCGGUGAUAAAACAGAAAUUGGUGAGAGAGGAAUAACCUUAUCAGGCGGGCAAAAGGCAAGAGUAAACUUGGCAAGGGCUGUAUAUGCUGGUCGUGAUAUAAUUCUAAUGGAUGAUGUUCUAAGUGCCGUUGACGCGAAAGUUGGUAUAGACAUUAUGAAUAAAUGCAUUUUAGGGCUAUUGAAAGAUAAAACAAGAAUUUUAGCAACACAUCAGCUUUCACUUAUUGGGUCUGCUGAUAGAAUUAUAUUUCUAAAUGGAGAUGGCACGUAUGAUAUAGGUACAUUUAAGGAGUUACAGUAUAUGAAUAAAGGAUUUAUUGAAUUGAUGACUCACAAUUCUUUUAAUGAUGAAGAGGAUGGAAAAGAUGAUAAAAUCAAAAACUUUCAUGAAAUAAAGGAUGAUAUUAAGAAUGAAUCAUUUCAAGCUUCAGAAGGAAAAUUAAUCCGAAAAGAGGAGAGAGCUGUUAAUAAGCUUAGCAUACAGAUUUACAAAAAUUAUUUAAAGUUUGGAUCAGGAAUAAUAGGCAUUUUAGGUUGGUGUGCAAUUUAUUUUAUGAACACUAUAUUUGCAACAUUUUCACAAUUAUUCUCUAAUGUGUGGUUGUCCUUCUGGGUUGAUCUCAAGUUCGAUAAAUCUUCCAAGUUUUAUAUCGGUCUUUAUGUUAUGUUCUCCAUCUUAUCUGUGAUUUUCUUGAUUAUCGAACUAUUAAGUCUCGUCUAUUUGAUUAACACAGCUUCAUUAAAAUUAAGUUUAAUGAGCACAAAAAAUGUUCUACAUACAACAAUGUCAUUUUUAGAUACAACACCCAUUGGGCGAAUUUUGAAUAGAUUCUCAAGAGACACAGAGAUCUUGGAUAAUGAAAUUGGAAACCAAUUAAGAAUUACAAGUUAUUCACUUUCUACUAUCAUCGGUGUUAUAAUAUUAUGUAUCAUAUAUUUACCAUGGUUUGCAAUCUCGCUCCCACCCUUGGCAAUUAUAUUUACAUUCAUGAUAAGCUAUUAUCAGGCAUCUUCAAGAGAAGUUAAACGAUUGGAAUCAGUACAAAGAUCGUUUGUAUAUAGCAUAUUUGGAGAGAUAUUAAGUGGAAUGGAUACUUUAAAGAUAUAUGAAGCUGAAGACGCUUUCAAUCAGAGGUUAAACAAACUGAUUGACAAAAUGAAUGAGGCAUAUUUUAUCAGUAUUACUAACCAGAGGUGGCUAGGCAUACACUUAACAUUGAUUUCUUCUAUUUUUGCCCUUAUAAUAACAAUUUUAUGUUUACAAUCUGUGUUUAAUAUUAAUGCUUCCUCAGUAGGAUUAUUGCUAUCAUAUAUAUUGCAAAUUACUACACAACUAGUUCAGUUAAUGAGAUCCAUUACAAGAGUUGAAAAUGAAAUGAAUUCUAUGGAAAGAAUAAAUGAAUAUGCUGUUAAUAUGGUCCAAGAAGCACCAUAUCAAAUAACAGAGACUACGCCGAACCUGGAAUGGCCAUCUAAAGGUGAAAUCCAAUUCGAGAAUGUUUCUAUGCGUUAUAGGGACGGCUUACCAUUUGUAUUGAAUAAUUUAAAUUUUAAGAUACGACCAAAUGAAAAGGUAGGAAUAUGUGGUAGAACUGGAGCAGGAAAGUCAUCAAUUAUGACAUGCUUAUAUAGGUUAAAUGAAAUACAAGAAGGAAGUAUUUGUAUCGAUGGCACAGAUAUUUCGUUACUUGGACUUCGUGAAUUGAGAUCGAAAUUGUCAAUUAUUCCACAAGACCCAGUACUCUUUACAGGUUCCAUUAGGAGAAAUCUAGAUCCAUUCAAUGAAGCCGAUGAUAAGAUCUUGUUGGGUGCGUUGAUGAAGGUAGGACUAAUAAAUGGGCCUGAAAUGGAACUUAUGUUACUGAGCUACAAAUUUGAUUCAUCUAGCAAGUUUCAUUUGAAUUAUACAGUAGAAGAGGAUGGAAUUAAUUAUUCGCUCGGUGAAAAGCAGCUAAUUUCAUUUGCCAGGGCGUUAGUAAGAAAUAGUAAAAUCCUAAUUUUGGAUGAAGCUACAUCAUCUGUCGAUUAUGAAACAGAUGCCAAAAUCCAAUCAACAAUAGCAAACGACUUUAAAGAUUGUACCAUUUUAUGCAUUGCACACAGGUUAAAAACCAUAAUUCAAUAUGAUAGAAUUCUAGUUCUUGAUAAAGGAAGUGUCAAGGAAUUUGACAAACCUUUGGAGCUAUUUAAACGCAACGGGAUCUUUAGAGAAAUGUGUGAUAAAUCAAAAAUUACCGAGAGCGAUUUUGAAAAAUAA